AACUAUUUAUUAAUUACUUAAUUUUAAUAUUUUUUUCCACUUUAUACAACAGGUCUACAGCUUUUAUCUAAAAAAACAAGCUAAUAAAUCCUAUUGUAAAAAGGUGUGAUAAAAGAGAGCAGUGAAGUAGAAUCGAGGAGGCGCAUGCAGAACCCUCAUCAUGAUGUCUUCUCUCUCUCCCAUCCCUCAAAUCUUUUUCUUGCUCCACCAUUUCUCAUUUACGCCACUCCCAUCCCCACCUUUUUACGCCCUUGCCACUCGCCAAACUUGUGGUUGAAUUUGCCAAAAAAGGAUUUACUGUGGAAAAAUGCAGGUGUAGGGGAAUUCGGUGGAGCAGUAAAAAAUGAUGGAAAUUGACCCCAUGAAGAGGACAGAAUAGUCCUUGCGGAGAGAGAGAGAGAGAGAGAGAGUCCCAUUCAUGAAAUAUUCCAAAUCCAGUCUGCCUGCUCUGCACAGUUUCACAGAGAGAGAAAGAGAGAAUCUAAAGGCAGAGAUAUACCGCACAGAGAGAGAAGUGAAAAAGCAAACAACCAAUGGAAACAACACAUUGAAAUUAAAUAAAUAAAUAAACCAAAGCUAGAAAACGCAAACCAAUCAGAAAAAUAAUAAAGGCUCCACCAAGCACUAUCUGGUCUCUCUGCCUCUUUUUUCCCUUCUGUUUUUCUUCACCAACAACUCAUUUUCAGCUUUCGUUUAAACCCCCCCAGAUCCAUAUAAUACACAUACAUGUAUUUCCAGUGUCUUUGCAUGUCAACCAUUGAAGAAAGAUUCGGUUUUUAGGCAAGGGGAAGGGGAAUCUUGGAAACAGCUAUGAGAUGUUAUGUGUGGUAUGCUUAUAUAUGUUGGGAGGCUCAAAGCUUCGAUCUUUGCUUGAAAUAGGAUUGCUACCAGGUUAUUGAAUCAGUUAUUAUGAAGGAUAAUUGGUGGGAUUGGAGGAACGUUUGGUGGAUUCAAGAAAUGAAGGGAAGAAUAAGUGUUUCUUGAUUUUGUUUACAAGGGGGAUUUAGUCACCAUUACAUUUCAGCUGUCUUUUGUUUGUCUCGCGCUAAGUUUCGUGAUCAAUUAGAUUUUAUAUUUGCAGAAUUCUCCAUAGAAAGAAUCAGGUGAGGAAUAUUCUCCACUUUUGUACCUUUUGAUGUAGGAUGGUCGUUUAUUAGCAAAGCAAGCUUAUGGUUUUAUGCUCAAGGUUUUUAGAAUGUUUGGAUUCUGUUCGAGAAAAGGGUUCUUGCAGAAAGACUGAAGUGCUUGAGCUGUUUUGAAAUAAAAGGGAAAAGAAUUACGUUUAAAUUAUAGGUGGGGCUAAGGAUUGAUUUGACAUUUGUAUUAGUUGAGGUUGUAGUUGUGGAAGAUGGCAAUGUCUUGCAAAGAGAGUAGCAAGGCAGCUGCGGCCGCCGCUGCAGCUGCAGCUGCAGGCAUGGAUAAUGGGAAGUAUGUGCGUUAUACGCCCGAGCAGGUUGAAGCCCUCGAGAGGCUAUAUCACGAUUGUCCAAAACCGAGCUCGAUGCGUCGCCAGCAGCUCAUUCGUGAGUGCCCGAUUUUAUCCCACAUUGAGCCUAAGCAGAUCAAAGUUUGGUUCCAAAACAGAAGAUGCAGAGAGAAGCAAAGAAAAGAAGCGUCAAGGCUUCAAGGUGUAAAUAGGAAGUUGACAGCGAUGAACAAACUGUUGAUGGAGGAGAAUGAUAGGUUGCAGAAACAAGUGUCACAAUUGGUGUAUGAAAACAGUUACUUUCGCCAGCAUACACCAAAUAAUCCACUUUCUACUAAAGACACGAGCUGUGAUUCAGUGGUGACAAGUGGUCAAAAGCACCACUUGACGCCUCAGCAUCCGCCAAGGGAUGCAAGUCCUGCAGGGCUUUUGUCCAUUGCAGAAGAAACUUUAGCAGAGUUUCUAUCGAAGGCUACUGGAACUGCUGUUGAGUGGGUCCAAAUGCCUGGAAUGAAGCCUGGUCCGGAUUCCAUUGGAAUCGUUGCUAUUUCUCAUGGUUGCCCUGGCGUGGCAGCACGAGCUUGCGGUCUGGUCGGUCUAGAACCCACCAGAGUUGCAGAAAUCCUGAAGGAUCGACCUUCAUGGUUUCGCGAUUGCCGAGCUGUGGAUGUGGUAAACGUGCUGCCUACUGCCAAUGGUGGAACCAUAGAACUUUUAUACAUGCAGCUAUAUGCGCCAACUACUCUGGCGCCUGGUCGCGACUUUUGGUUGUUACGCUUUACCUCUGUCAUGGAUGAUGGCAGUUUGGUGGUCUGUGAGAGGUCACUAAGCAACACCCAAAAUGGUCCGAGCAUGCCACCUGUUCAGAACUAUGUGAGAGCCGAGAUGCUGCCUAGUGGUUACCUAAUCAGACCUUGUGAAGGAGGAGGCUCGAUCAUCCACAUCGUAGAUCACAUGAAUUUGGAGGCAUGGAGUGUUCCUGAGGUCUUGCGCCCACUCUAUGAAUCGUCGACAGUGCUUGCUCAAAGGAUCACAACAGCUGCUGUACGCCAUCUUAGGCAGAUAGCUCUCGACAUUUCACAAUCUAGUGUGAAUAACUGGGGCAGAAGGCCAGCAGCUCUACGAGCGCUUAGCCACAGGUUGAGCAGGGGAUUCAAUGAGGCUCUUAAUGGGUUUAGUGACGAGGGGUGGUCGUUGAUAGGCAAUGAUGGCGCAGAUGAUAUCACCAUUCUUGUGAACUCAAAUCCAGAAAAAUUGAUGGGGUUGAAUACCUCUUUCACAAGCGGAUAUAAUUCCAUUUGCAGUUCCAUUCUGUGUGCCAAAGCCUCAAUGCUUUUACAGAAUGUGCCUCCUGCAAUACUGCUGCGAUUUUUGCGAGAGCAUAGAUCAGAAUGGGCAGACACCAACAUCGAUGCCUACUCAGCUGCUGCCGUCAAAAUUGGUCCUUGUAAUUUCUUAGGUCCUCGAGUUGGUAAUUACGGUGGCCAAGUUAUACUUCCUUUGGCUCAGACUAUUGAGCAUGAAGAGCUGCUGGAGGUGAUUAAACUGGAAGGUAUUGCCCAUACUGCUGAAGAAGCGAUGAUGCCUAGGGACGUAUUGCUCUUGCAGCUCUGUUGUGGAAUGGAUGAAAAUGCAGUGGGCACAUGUUCUGAACUCAUAUUUGCCCCUAUUGACGCCUCUUUCGCUGAUGAUGCUCCGCUGCUGCCGUCUGGUUUUCGCAUCAUUCCCCUUGAUUCGGGCAAGGAAGCCAGCAGUCCAAAUCGAACGCUGGACCUUGCUUCUGCUCUGGAAACUGGGGCAGCAGGAAACAAACCGCCCAACGGCCUCUCUACUAACAGUUGCGCUACAAGGUCCGUCAUGACAAUCGCCUUCCAAUUCGCGUUUGAAAGCCACAUGCAAGAUAACGUGGCAUGCAUGGCCCGCCAAUAUGUUCGUAGCAUUAUAUCAUCAGUCCAACGGGUGGCAUUAGCUCUCUCCCCCUCUGGGUUCGGUCCUCAUGCCGGUCUACGCUCACCACUUGGUACUCCUGAAGCGCAUACCCUCGCUCGUUGGAUCAGCCAAAGCUAUAGGAGUUUUAUGGGUGUCGAGCUUCUCAAAUCGAGCAGUGGAGGGAGCGAUUCCAUCCUGAAAGCACUGUGGCACCACUCGGAUGCUAUUAUGUGCUGCUCUAUGAAGGCCGCGUCCGUCUUCACAUUUGCAAACCAGGCCGGCGUAGACAUGCUGGAGACGACCCUCGUUGCGCUUCAAGACAUCUCUCUGGAGAAGAUAUUCGAUGAUCACGGGCGCAAGAACGUCUGCUCCGAGUUCCCACAGAUAAUGAAUCAGGGUUUCGCGACUCUCCCGGGAGGCAUCUGUUCGUCGAGCAUGGGCAGGCCUGUCUCGUAUGAGAGAGCCAUUGCGUGGAAAGUUCUGAACGACGACGAGAAUGCUCAUUGCAUCUGCUUUAUGUUCGUGAACUGGUCGUUUGUUUGAGUGAGUAAUGUGUUACUAUUGCAGAACAAUUGGUGUUUGUAUUUUCGCUCAGAUGCUACUUUUUCUUUUUUGGAGGUUUGAUGCAGUUGUUUGUGGACGAUGUUUUGCUUAAUUUGGAAACUUACUUUUUUAGGAAUGAUUAGACCUCGUUUGAAUUUCUCUA